GCAGGUGGUGUGGUCACGUGAUGUUGUGAGUCGAGUGUGAAGAGGAAGAAGCUGCUCCAUCCUGUGAAUCUGAGCUUCAUCAGUCUCUGCUGCACUAAAGGCUCGUGAGUGCGACGCCACCGACGAUUACGCACGAUGUCGUACGGCUCCAUCGACGGAAACUCCUUUGGCGGUCGCAACCCGUUCGGAGGCCCGACGAGACAAGGAUACCAACCAGUGGGCGCUCAGGAGCCACGAGACACAGCGGGAACUUUUAGAGGCGCUCACCUUUAAUCUGUUCCACAAAAGCACAAAACUUUAUAAACAUGCGCCGCUCCCCGUCGGUCCAGCCCACGACACGAGAGACGACAAUGGACAAAACAUUCAACACAACAACAGACCAACAAAGUCAUCACCACCACGAGUCAGCUCAUCAAACAGCUGUCGGACAUCAUCAGCGGCUCCUCACGGCAGGACCGUCUGCGCCUGACCAGACUGAAGAGCGAGCUUUCAGACGCGGUGCAGCGCUAUGGGGACCUGCAGAAGAAAAUUGCGGAGCGUUCAAAGGCACUGCUCCCUCCGACGCACAUGGACAAGAAGAAGAGCCCGCAGACGCCGCUGGUCGACACCCACGACGAGGGUCCUCUGUUUGACGCGCUGGGAGCAGAAGAUUCGGUGCAGGCGUUUCUGUCGGAGAUCAGUGAAGAGGACGUGGAGGUGCUGAGGCAGAGGGAGGAGGCGCUGCUGCAGAUAGAGAGGGACAUGCUGGACGUGAGUCAGAUCAUGAAGGACCUGGCCAGUAUGGUGCACGAGCAAGGAGACGCCAUCGACAGCAUAGAGGACUACAUCCAGACCACAUCAUCCAACGUGGAGUCAGCCAAUCAGGAGCUCGCCAAGGCCAACCAGUACCAGAGGCAGCUGAGGAAGAGGAAGUGCUAUCUGAUCGUCAUCGGAGCCGUGGUUUUGGCCAUUGUCAUCAUUAUCAUCUCAGUGUCGGCAAGAAAGUAAAUAUUCGGUGGGAGUCAUCAUUACGGCGGCGGCGCGGUGAUCCGGCCUGCCCCGACCUUUGACCCCGGCAGCUGGUUUCCAGUCGGAGCCCGCCCUCCGUUACAUCGCCCCCUCUCCAUCAUGGCCGCCGUGUGUACAUGUGCACGCGGCGCCGCUAAUGGGACAAACACACUGGGAUUAUUACUGUAGACCUUUAGACGCCACUGUUACUCCGCCAUUUUUAUUACGACACAGCAGCGUUUAUUUGAGCGUUUAAAGCCACAAAACGACAACCACAGCUGAGGUUUUUAUAACACCUGAACUACGAAUCUGCUCCUGUGUAACGAGCGUUUAUGGAGGGACUGUCUGUGUGUUUUAUUUACCGUCAGGAAUAAUUAUGUUUUUAUUUAUUUUAAUUGAUCUGAAACACGGUCCACCAUUUAAUCCUUUAUUUAUUUAGUAAAAAGAACAACUCUAAUGUCUCAAACGUCUCCGAUCAAACCCAUUACCCACAGUCAGGAUAAAAAACACCAUGUACCUCUUAAUAUUUUUCAUAUUUACUCACUAGAUUAUAUAAAGUUAAAGCUGCACUGUGAAACUUUCGGCUCGUCUCCAUCGUUACUGUUUUUGUUUCACAGUUUGAGAUUAAACUCAUCGAUGCUGCGUUUAUUUAAUUACAAACAUCUGUGCUGCGAAAUCUCCACAGAUCUGACCUGUAACUGGACCUGGGGGCGUCGCCUACUUAAUUCCAAGGAAAUGAAUGAGUUUAAUGCCAUACUGUGGAACAUUUGAGACAAAGGAUUAACAAAAACAUAUCCAAAACCUUAGCGGCGGUUUAUGUUAAGGGUUUGGUUUAGUUCGUAUAAGUUAAAUUAUGAUAUUUUAAAAUACUUUUCCGAUAUGGGUCAAAGAAGCACAUUUAUCUUUAACCUCAAACGGAGACGAACAAACGUAUUUAUAACAUUCUCAUAAACGAAAGGUCAUAGUUCAAACGUUGGAGAAGUUUUAACGGCUCUGGAAAAGAUCAGGAAAAUCCAAAGAACAGUUUAACCUCAGAGACACAUUUACAAAACCCGUUUAUUAUUUUAGAUCUGGUGUUUAUACGCAUGU